AUGCAGCCUAUCCUUUUACUAGUAAAGCUGAACAUACUCAUUCUAUGCUCAAAGCUCAUACAAAUUAAGAUGAUGCGUUUCGAAGAUACUGUGUCGAUACUACGAAUCAGGUACGAUCCGCCCACGAGCCAUUGGAGGAUCAAAACCAAGUUCGGAAAAGAUUUGCCUUUUACAUCACUGCGCAAAGAUACAUGCAACACGAUCUGGUGGCAUGCAGAGAAAACUGUUGUUUUGGGGUUUCGUCUCAGAGCAGCCCCUCCUUUGAGGAAAUGA